AAACUUUGACUAAAAAAUCCCAGACAACUCACAGCAAACAACGACUUCAUUUGCUUCUUUGCAACAAAGGAAUUUCAAAGAAAAGCUCUCCGUUUUCAUUCUCCAAUUUCCGUUUCUGAAACACAACAACAAGCGAAGAAUCGAAAAAACUGAGAGAAGAAAAGUUUGUUUGUUUGUUUGUUCUCGUCUUUUCGGAGCUCGAAUUUCGGUCAACGUAGCCGAGGAUGGUCGGAAUUGAUUGGUCAACGGGAGGGUUUUGUUGUUGAUGAAGAUGCUUUCUGGAAUUCCAGCGAGGAAUGGAAAUGGCGGAGCGGCUGAUCUCGGUGAUCUCGCCUUUUUCCUUUUUGUGCUUGAUUCUCGUAUUUGGCUUCCUACGAAAUGUCUCUGCGAAUUCCGAAGGCGACGCCUUGAAUGCGUUGAAGUCCAACUUAGCUGACCCCAACAAUGUUCUUCAGAGUUGGGAUGCCACGCUUGUCAAUCCCUGCACGUGGUUUCAUGUUUCCUGCAAUAGUGAAAACAGUGUUACUCGAGUUGAUCUUGGCAAUGCAAAUCUAACUGGUACACUGGUUUCCCAACUAGGCCAGCUACCAAAUCUACAGUACUUGGAACUUUAUAGCAAUAACAUAAGUGGAAAAAUCCCGGAAGAGCUUGGGAAUUUGGCAAACUUGGUGAGCUUGGAUCUUUACACGAACAAUUUAAGUGGUCCCAUUCCAACCACAUUGGGCAACCUUGGAAAACUACGUUUCCUGCGUCUCAACAACAACAGUUUGUCAGGGACUAUUCCAAUGACUUUAACUAAUGUUACAUCACUGCAAGUCUUGGAUCUUUCAAACAACGUACUGACAGGAGAUAUUCCAAUCAAUGGUUCUUUUACAAUGUUUACUCCCAUCAGUUUUUCCAAUAAUAAACUGAACAAUCCCCCACCUUCACCGCCUCCUCCUAUUCCUUCAACGCCAUCUCCCUCAGCUGGCACUACCACUGGAGCUAUUGCUGGAGGAGUUGCUGCUGCUGCUGCUCUUUUUUUCGCUAUUCCUGCAAUUGCUCUUGCCAUGUGGCGUCGAAAGAAACCACAGGACCAUUUCUUUGAUGUACCUGCUGAGGAGGAUCCAGAAGUUCAUUUGGGACAGCUCAAACGGUUUUCUCUGCGAGAGCUGCAAGUUGCAACGGAUAAUUUUGCCAAUAAAAAUAUUUUAGGCCGGGGUGGAUUUGGUAAGGUUUAUAGAGGCCGUUUAGCUGAUGGUUCUUUGGUGGCAGUAAAGAGACUUAAAGAGGAGCGUACCCAGGGCGGAGAGCUUCAAUUCCAGACAGAAGUAGAAAUGAUCAGCAUGGCUGUGCACCGUAACCUACUUCGUCUACGUGGUUUUUGCAUGACACCAACUGAACGGGUGCUUGUCUACCCUUAUAUGGCUAAUGGAAGUGUAGCAUCAUGUUUAAGAGAUCGUCCUGAAUCGCGGCCGCCACUUGAUUGGCAAAUCCGAAAGCGCAUCUCACUGGGAUCUGCGAGGGGCCUUGCUUAUUUGCAUGAUCAUUGUGAUCCUAAGAUUAUUCACCGUGAUGUAAAAGCUGCAAACAUAUUGUUAGAUGAGGAAUUUGAGGCAGUUGUUGGAGACUUUGGGUUGGCUAAACUCAUGGACUAUAAAGAUACUCACGUUACCACUGCUGUACGAGGCACGAUUGGGCAUAUUGCACCGGAAUACCUGUCAACUGGAAAGUCUUCGGAGAAAACUGAUGUUUUUGGAUAUGGGGUUAUGCUCCUUGAACUCAUAACUGGACAGAGGGCGUUUGAUCUUGCUCGGCUUGCAAAUGACGACGAUGUCAUGUUACUUGAUUGGGUGAAAGGGCUCUUGAAAGAUCGGAGGUUGGAAACACUAGUUGAUUCUGAUCUACAGGGAAAUUACGUCGAUGAUGAGGUGGAGCAGCUGAUCCAGGUGGCUCUUCUGUGUACACAAAGCACUGCAUCUGAACGACCAAAGAUGUCCGAAGUGGUCAGAAUGCUCGAAGGCGAUGGCUUGGCGGAAAGAUGGGAAGAAUGGCAGAAAGAAGAGAUGUUCCGUCAAGACUUAAACCACACCCGUCAUCCGAAUACUCAUUGGAUUGUUGACUCUACUUCACAUAUCUCUCCAGACGAAUUGUCUGGUCCCAGAUGAUCCCCUUCAUUUGGUAAUUCUGUACCGGUAUACACGUAAGAAAAACCAAGGAGAUCAUUUCAAACUUUUUGUAAUAUGACAUUUUGUGCAUAUGUUUCUCUUUCUUUUUCUCUUUUAGUUUUUAUUUAAUUCUGUUCAGUGUCCAGUUUGUAUCACACAUUGGGGUUGGUGCUGUUGCAAUUCUAUAGGGUUUAGCUGACGUUAAGAAAUCAAUUAAGGGUGCUACCAAACAGGGCAGGAAAGGCCACAGAAAGCACCCAUAAGAUGUCAUUUUUAUGUAUCUCAUGAGAAGACGGUCUAAUAAAUAUAGCAUUUUUCUUGAUCUUAACGCCA